AGAUGUCCUUGCUCUAGUCAAUGAAUAUGAGGGGGUGUUAAAUAGACAUGAGAGUCUCGCUGCUAAUUUAGGCGCAAAGCUAACGGGCAGUCGCUUGCUGAAGGCGAUGGAAGGAGCUUUUGAGGGUUCAAUAACGACAACUCCUCCACAGACAAUAUUUAGUCCGGAUCCCGUCACAUGGCUCGACAUUGUCGAGUUUGCCAAAGCAAAGCCAGGAGAAUUCGUGUUGACACCUUCUCCUAGCGGCAUACGUUGCUGUCAAUUUCCCUUGAAGGGUGUCCAGGUCGAAAUUGGAGAAGACGACUGGAGACUCAUAGUUUCCGGCGCCCUGGACAGAUUUAGGCUUGUACCACCACAGCCAUUAGAGGAAGAUGAAACGGCAGAGUUAGCGACGCUCGAGAUCGUUGAACAGCGUCUACAGGUCUUAAUCAAGAAAGCAGACGAAGUGGCGCGUAGGGCCCGCCAACUCAACUACCACUUGAUCGGACGAAAGGCAUCUAUACACACGCGUCGCGCAUCGCAAUCAGCCCCUGGUCCUGGCUUUCAAGCUGUGAAUCAGUCAAUGGGUUCCGGUGCUAAUCCGGGUUACGACCUGCAUGCUGAUCUUCUUCAACAGUUCCAGGCGCCCCCACAAUCAUCUAGCCACCGGAUUUCUUCCGCCAGCUCUAUCCCACCAACGCCGAAUGCCAUUGGGACUUCCACAUCAACGCCGCGAGCCCCGAUACAGCAACAAGCGUUACUAGGAAGCAACCGGCCAUCCCCUGGUUAUUCCGCUGAACCAGCAGUGAGAGAUAUCGAAGAAGAGAACCGUGCCUUGGUCACAGCCAAAAUUGAGAAACUAGCACGUGGUGACUUUAUACAUCCACCAUGUGAUAGAUGUCGAAGACUCAAAACACAGUGCAUCAAACAUUUAACCGCUUGCCAGGGAUGUACGAAAAAACAUGCCAGGUGCGUAUGGAAAGGAUUGACGGAAGAGGAGGUGGCAUGGCUCAAAGGAGAAGCAAGCGGGGAAGGAGAUGACGACGGAGACGAUCCAAGGGAUAUUAGCAGAACCGGGUUUGGACCUCAACCUCAUCCAGAAUUCGGCGAACAUCGAAGAGAAUCUGAACGUAGCGAAGAACCUAGCUCAAGCCGACCCGGGUCGAGGAUAGCGAUUGGUAGGCCUGCCGACGACGUGUGGCGCAAGGGACCGGAUACGUCAAUGAGUAGUAGGCAUGAUUCAAUGGAAAUAGAUCCGAGAGAUAUCCGACAGGGACAAGAAUAUGCAAGAAAGGAGACGCCGAGUGGAACCUUUAGGGAACAGAAGUCAAUACUUAGCCAUAUGGCUUCGGUGGCUUCGGCAGCGGCAGAUGCUGCUGCGAUCUCGCGAGGAAGCUGACGCAUUUCAAAUGAAUGAUAUGAAACAAUGCUUAUGGAUAUAUUAGUGUGUACAUAGAGGUGGGGAAUCUGUCUACAUGUAUGCAGAUUUAUUACAGA